AUGGGCGUGAACAAGUGGUCUGUGCUGACUCGCCUUAGCAGGGCAGUGAGGAAGGUGAUAGGCCGUGCUUCUUCAAACACUAACUGCCGACUAAGUUUCAAUGAUCAGCCAGGCUUGAGAGCGUACACCGACGAUAGGUUUGAUUUAGAUUCUGAGGAUUCUGGGUCUUCAACUAGGCCGGGGCUAGCGCUACGGAAGAUGAUGAGUUAUCCUAAUUCCGAAGAUGAUGUUGAUAAGAGAGCUGAGAUGUUUAUUGCUAAUUUCCAUCACCAACUUCGGAUAGAGAGGCAAAUUUCGCUAGAACUUCAAUAUUGUCGAGGAAAUAGCUUCAAGGCAAUCUCUCCAUGA